GACGCCCAGCGGGCGCCCGGCGGGGCCCCGCCGCUCCCCCCAGGCCUGGACGGUGAACUUGGUUGCGAUGGAGACCGUGUCCCUGGAGCACCAGAUCCAGAGCGUGCAGCGACACAUCGCCUUCCUGAAGAAGGAGCAGACGGAGCUGCUCCACGACCUGCACCUCGAGAUCCUCCGCCUGCAGAAGCACUGCUCGGAGCUGACGCACGACCUGGAGCUCAAGGAGCUGGAAGCCCGCCAGCAAGACGCCCUCGACCGGGAGCUGGAGCGGCGCUGCCGGGCCAUGGAGGCGCGCCUGGAGGAGAAGGAGCGGGCCAACGCGGAGCUGCGGCGCGAGCUGCGGCACAAGGAGACGCUGGUGGCGGCGCUGCGCUGCAGCCUGCGCGCCAAGGAGCGCGCCUUCCUCGAGGAGCUGAAGCGCCGCAGCCACCGCGCCGCCGUCCUCGACGCCCGGCUGCAGCAGCGGGCCGAGGCGGCCGCCCACCUCUCGCUGCAGCUGCACGCCGCCGCCCGCCGCCUGCCCCGACUGUCGGCGCGCGACGUCGAAGGCCCCGCGCCGCCGCCCCGGAGGGGAAGCGCUGUACGAUCGCAGCAGAGACGACGUCGAAAUAAACUAUUUUAA